AUGUAUGAAAAACCGAAUGGCAUCCCCCACAAGAAAGCUAAAUACUUUGGCGAAAGCUCCCCUCAUGAUCUUAGGGAUCUAGAGCGGAACGCAGCAAAGGCGGAGCAAAGCCAACUAGCCAAAGCUGCAUCCUAUCUUGAGCAGGCAUUCACCGGUACGAAGACUGCUUGGUUUGGGGGAUGGGCACUGAAUCUUCGCGGAUCAUAUCGGGAAACGCACGACCUUAGUCUUCUCGUCCUGGCCAAGGACACGACCGAGAUAAGAUCUAUCCUAGAACAGCAUGAUUGGUAUGACCUUACUGCCGGCCCGGCUUUGCUGUCGUUUCACCUCGUCUCCGGCACUGUUCAAGAGAGGCUUUUCGUUGACAUCGGAGAAGAUGGUCAGGUUGUUGGUGCAAAUAUAACUCUUUCAGGCGCACUAGGUACACCAAAGCUUGACGAAGCGGAGUCUUACGAGUCUAUAACCCCAGCAUUCCCUACGCCGCAAGGAAGCCGGGUCAAUGUCAUCCAUAUUACAUGGCAAGUUGAGACAAAACUCACCGCAUGGUUCUCAAACAGAAAACUCUCCGAUCUUUUGGAUCUACAGUUCUUGCUGGAGACCUACAAAAACGAAAUUGCUGGAUGGAGUCAAUUUCUAGACAAGAACAUGCGGGAGACCUUCUACGCAGUCUAUGUAGCUGCAGUGGAGGAUGAGGAGAAGUGUAAUGCAGCAAAAGUGACGCUGUCACUGUAA